CACCACACCACACACAUCUCUCAUCGACACUUCAAGAUGGCCGCCACAAAGAUUCCCAUCGUCAAGAAGAGGACGAAGUCCUUCAAGCGUCACCACAGUGACCGCUACAAGCGAGUUGGCACCUCUCACCGCCAUCAGAGAGGUAUUGACAGCGCUACCCGUAGACGCUUCCGUGGUACGGCUCCUCAACCCAAGAUCGGUUACGGCAGCAACAAGAAGACUCGUCACCUGUUGCCCAACGGUUACCGCCGAUUCCUGGUCCACAACCCUAGAGAUGUUGACCUGCUCUUGAUGCACAACGCUUCUUUUGCAGCCGAGAUCGCCCACAACGUUUCUAGCCGUAAGCGUCUCGACAUCCUUGAGAAGGCUAAGAUCCUCGGUGUGAAGGUCACCAACGCUGGAGCCAAGGUCCGCUCUGAGGAGGCAUAAGGGUACUUCUUGUGUUCGUCCGCUCUCUCGUCACAUUGUUGGGUGGUCAUUGGCGAUGCAUCUACCGUCGAUGGCCACUCAUCUCAAAAUCUUUUACACCACGCAUCAUGAGCUACCACGUAGCAGCUUGACUAUCAUGUAAACCAAUGCACAUCAACUCACCGACAUUCUGGUCUGCCACAGGAGUGUGCUGGCAGAUGAUCUGCGACCUCGUAAGCACGUCGAGCAUGUGUCGCUGUGGCCAAUGCUGGUAAUACAGGAGAGAGC